ACUCAGAUCAGCACAUUCACUUGAUCCGAGCUUCAGGAAGCUGUUAGAUUUCCUCCUGCAAGAAAACCAACGACAUGGACCGGCUCUGAUUAGCACUUAUUUUCGCCACCUCACCGUUUCACCUCACCGGCCGGGUUGACGUUUGAAGAAGAGUGAGACUGAAGGAGCAAAGCGGAGCUUCGUGCCCCGCAUGAUAGAAUAAUCCGUGUCAAAACAGAGCUCGCGCUCGAGACCUGAUGAACAGUUGAGCUCGCGCUGUGCUGUGGCUCCGCGGCAAAGUAUCUCGUCAGUCAGGCAGUUGACUGGAUGAACAAAUCGCGUUUUUUAAAGGUUUUUGUUAUGGCUGAGAUAACUCCGGAACGCUAAAGUAUUAGUUUACAGAGAAGAGACAAUCCGCUGGCUGACUUGAAACUGCGGCAAGCACGUUGGAAACGCCGCGUUAUUCAGCGUAAUGGUGACCUGUCGUUAUAAUCUCCCAUUGACAGACAAGAGCCCGGCGAGUAUAUUUACACGUUGUUUUUAAACAGUCACUUCAUUUUUGUAAACCUGAAAGGCGUUUAUUUUGCGGAUGUUGUCAAACUUUAUCAGCAAACAGCUAGCGAGUUCCGCCGGUUGAUUUGCCGCGCUAAAACCGCACAGUUUACGUAAAACUGAAGACAAAAUAGUAUUGACUGAAAACUGACGGGCUGUCAUGGUAACUAGGGUUGUAACUUAAGGUCGAGAGAGCUUCACAGAAGCCACAGUGUCGAACCUGCACUCACCAUUGAUUCUGUCUUUGUGUUUGUGGACCGAAGUUGAGGAGAGGUUUGCUCACCAUGUAUCAGAGCAAGGCUUGUUUCACCAUCUAAAUUCACUGACCACCGGAUUCUGUCACCGAUAUAUUACUAUUGUAGAGUAUUACUCAACCUCCAUCCAUCAGAAUGAAGAGAACAGAGAGCAAAAACAAAAGGAAACUCUGCACCUCUGAGCAGCGGGAGAGCAGCACUGAAGGAAAAGACGAGGAGAUGCCGCCGCCGCCUCCCCUGCUGUUCAGGAAGCUGAGUAACCCCGACCUGUCUCCUGCCGCAGCAAAGACCAAACUGCAGCGACAGCUCAGUCAGGAUGACACCAGAGCCCGCCGCUGCAGUAUGGCUGGCAUCCUCACCGGAAAGCAGCUUCUGCCUCUGUCCAGCAGCAUGCACGGUGGAGUGAGUCAGCUGGCCUGGCAGCAGCACACAGGAGAACCCAAUAACUUGGUCCGCAUGAGGAGUCAAUCCUUUGGCCAGUCUGCCCCCUCUCUCACUGCGGGACUGAAGGAGCUGAGUCUUCCCAGAAGAGGCAGUUUGUAA